UUAUACUUAUGAAAGGCUUCCUGACUAGUUAUUAUAUCUUCGAAAAGUCUACAAAUUUCAAAAUUAAAUUUUUGUUAUAAACAGAUAUGAAAAUUGGACCCUGUUCGAGGCGAUCUACUAUUGCUUCAUCACGCUCAGCACCAUUGGGUUCGGCGACUAUGUGGCAAUUCAGAAGAACUUCGCUUUGCAGACCAGAUAUGAGUACGUUAUAUUCAGUUUGCUGUUCAUCCUAUUCGGCCUGGCUCUGUUUUCUGCGGCUGUAAACCUCAUGGUUCUGCGCUUCAUGACCGGAAACGCUGAAGACGAUAAUAACUUAAACAUUCCAAGGAUCGCUAUCUCUCCAAGCAGUGCCAGUGACGACGUCAUCACCACGAAUAGCAUUCAUUCGCUGAUGAACAAUCCGUUCGACUACCGUACUCGUGUGCCAUGCCCUAUGCAUGCCUAUGACAAAAAGCCGUCCGCAUUUUCAGCAUGCCUUGGAAAAGCCAGAAAACUGUCUAGCACUGAUCGAAGAAUGUUAAAAUACACUGUCCGCCGGUCUCCUGGCAGGAUCGAGCAUCUGGUGUCGAAUGAGUCGUUUGAAUCGAACAGCUUGGAAGAAAGACUUGGACUUGACACAAGCUUGAGUCCACAGUUCACCUAUGCUGUGUACGAUAAGUCGAUCUCAAUCACGUCAACGGUUUGA